AUGAAUUACGAGGUACGAGAGGACGUUUCCAUGUUGACAGCAAUUUCACCAAUUCAACCGACACCAAUCGCGCUUCCUGUUGAGCAAGACGGAUCUGGUCAUCGAGAAACUAUUAUUCCCUUGUCACCUACCACACCCAAAGAAGAUCCAGCAGGGUUUAGUGGUACAGCAGGCGUACUUAGCGAUAAUGGUACUUUCGUUACGCCUCAAGCGGCUAACCCAAGUGUAAUCCUUGCAGUUGGUACUACCUUUCAAAAUUGGGAAAACGUGGAUGAAUUUCUUGAAAUCUAUGGUCGAGAGCGAGGAUUUGUUGUCAGAAAGAAACGAGUUGAAAGGGAUGAAAUGGGGAUGGUUAGAAAAAGGACGUAUGAUUGUGAACACGGAGGACGGUAUACUCCAAAAAAAAAAGCAGCAGUACAUGAGCAACGCAAUCGAACGUCUAAACGUAUUGAAUGUGGAUGGCAUAUCAACCUUUCGUUUCCAAAAACGAGUACAUGCAUAACUGUUACUACGUUCGUGAAUGAGCAUAAUCAUGAACUUAAUAUUCAACAAACACGAGAAGCUAGACCAUCGUCACAACCAUCAGCAAACCAAGCGAUUUCAUCACCUAGGUAUCGUAGUGUAUUGGAAGCAGCGUCACCAAAGAAUCGAAAUUUACCGAAAGCAGUUCUUGAAGAUAUUGAAUUCUAUACGCUUCAUGGUAAUUUGGGAGUUACUACUCAACGACAAUUAUUGAAGGCGAAGUAUCCGAAUCAUCAGCUUCCUGCACGUGACAUUGCUAGUGCGGUUCAAAAAUUUAAAGGAGGAACUGAUCUAAAAGGAUUAGAUAAUGAUGCUGCAAAGCUUUGGAUCUGGGAAUUGGCGCGAAGAGCGACACAAAUUGCGGUUGAUCAACAAGAUAACAGUUUGGAGGAACUUUUACGACGUUAUAUCAGAGAAAAGGAAGAUCGUAUUGGGAGGCAAACCUCUCAAACAACUCCACAAUAA